AUGAAGAAAAAGUCGAUGAGCACCCUCGCCUCUCUGGCGCCUCGGCGUCGGGAUAGAGGCAACAAUACCAACAGAGACCGGGAUAACGAGCCCCAAGAGGUCUCUACCCCAUCGGUGCCUAUGCCCGUCGCGGAUGCCACCCCGACAGACCGCCACGCUGUGCAAACCCCAGGCACCGACGCAACGGUCGACCGACUGGCCAGCGCUCUCCUUGAGAGUACCAUCUACAAUCAUCCGAACGGCCUUGCCAGUCAUCCAUCCGUUCUCCUUUGCAAUAUCGAGCCACUUGGCACUGUUCCCGCAACUCCCGCCGAGAACUUCGACAUGGAUGCUGAGCCGCGUGGCCGAUCUCUCGCUCGUUCGGCAGAACCAGGCGGUCCUGUUACCCGGUCACGUCUUCAGGCGUCAAAGACCAUGAACGUGGCUCCUGAUAUCCCCCGAAGGUCAUCCCGCAGAAGAGCUCAGCGAGUUCACAUUGCCAAUAACGACCCAGAGAUUGUGCAACCAGUGCCUAGGCGCCCCUUUCCCCAGUCAAGAACAACUAUACUCGACACUGGCAGAAAGCGGGAUGGCUUCAUCGCUGGAUCCACGACGGCACCUCUGGGAGGACUCGCCAAGCAGGCCGAUUUGUUGACUCCAAACACGUACCCUAACAACGCCGACCCUCAUGUCGUCAAUAACAAGAUCGACGCGAUGCUGGCGGCUACCAGAAGUUUGAAGCCCCCUGGCUCCGAGCGUACGCCAAAGACGUCUCGCUUUCGCCCCAAGAACUUGAUGUCAAAGGUUCGCAAGGCCUUCGAUGUGUUCCAAGCGAAGCCUGCUACCCCGGAAUCAAAGAUUCGUGGCAAAAUAUCGUUGCCCAUUGGCCAGGUCAAAUGUGAUCUCCCAAACCCGGCCAAGCAAUUUCAUGUCGAGCAGCCGUCCCCUGUGCGGUCGUCCCCUGGGCAGCCGUCCCCAGUUAGCUCGAUGGAGAUCCGCGUCAACGAGGGGCUUAACCUCAACAAAGAAAAGCCCAGAAGUAUGGUUGGAGGCCGCAUCCUUCGCAAGCAGAUUCAUGACGAUGGCAAAUCGCUGCGUAGUGGUGGUUCAAACUCCCCAGAGGACCCAUUCUCGGAGCCGCGCGGGCUUGUUCGCACGCCUACGCCUUUUGAGCAUCAGCUAAAGGUCAGCACGGAUUCGACCUUACCUCCCGUGCCACCAUUUCCAUCCAUCAACCCGUUCGACUCGGAGAACGAUGAUCUCGAAGGCUUUUUGUCCGAGAAACCCGCAUGCGCCUCGACCCCGCGCAACAGAAGCAACAAGCAGCCUGUUCCGGUAGAGAGUCCCUCCACUCGGUACACAAAUGCCGGUAAUCCCCAAGUCAACACUGUUCUCCUGGGUGAGAGUUCCAAUGGUGAGGGCCCCAGCAGCAGCGUUGGCCAGCGUAAGCUCAACUUCGAGGGAGUUCAGCUUCGCCGCAGCAACAACAGGUUGAAUAAGAAGCAUCCUUCGCCUACCAAGGAGGAUAUGACGGAUAUGCCGGCUCGUUUUCGGGAGUAUACCAUCGUUCAGAUCAACAACGCUCCUUCCGACAAGCGCGACGAAUUGGUGAGAGACUUCUCUGAUCUGAUCGGACCUAGCGCACUCACCCCGCGCGACAAGAAUAUUCCGAUGAAGACCCGUUCUGUCCAUAAGGAUACCGUCGACGACGUCAGCAAUCUUACCGACCGCCAGCAUACCCGCGAGUCGUCCGUUCUGUCGAACAAGCAGUCUCGGAUCCCUCGUCCUGUCGAGCCGUCCUCCACGCUUCCGACUCGUCGCUUUGGCCCUCAGCGCCAGCCCGCGAACCUGAGCGCGCUGGAAGUGGACGAGUUGCAGUAG